GCAUGACGGGUACAAGAAAACCUAUGAAAAUAAUGAAAAUUGCUGGUAAGGAACUGAGUGCGCUUAUUGAUACCGGCAGUGAUGUUAAUCUAAUGUCGUGGCAGUGCUAUAAAAGCUUAACUGGGUGCAAAUACGAUGACUGUGACGUGGUGUUGACGGGACUCGGCUCGACGAGAAUUCGUGCGCUUGGGCAAAUAAUAACAUCAGUGUCUGUGGACGACGUCUGUUAUAGAGACAUUACGUUUUAUAUAGUGCAAAAUAACGCUAUACCUUGUUCUGUUAUCAUUGGGCAACAAUUUUUACAGCACACAGUUAUGGUAAUGGAUGGCUCGGAUGUAUAUUUUAUGCUUGAAAACGAAAAUUGGUUGCAAUGUGUUGCAUGUGUUGUGUCUGAUUUUGACAUUAUAGGACGUGAGGUGUCGCCGGGAGUGCAGCGAGCAGUGGGUGAGUUGGUGACGUCAUAUCAACCGGUAAAGACGAGGGAAGCUCCCAUCAAGCUCAAACUACACCUGAAAGAUGAUAUCCCUGUAGCGCAGCGACCGCGUCGUGUGGCGUUAAAGGAACAGAUUGAAAUUGAUGCUCAAGUAAAACAGUGGUUACAGGAUGGAAUUAUCCGCCAGAGGAUGAACAACAAGCGGUGCAGCGGUUGGAACGAGUGUUGAGAAGAGCUUCCGAAUAUGGCCUGGAUAUUAAUUGGAAAAAGAGUCAGCUUGUGGUGAAGAGUGUUGAAUACUUGGGGCAUGUUAUUGGAUGUGGAGAGAUACGACCAUCGCCCGAGAAGACGCAGGUAGUCAGGAGAUAUCCAGAGCCAAAAGAUUUAAAACAGCUGCACAGCUUUGUUGGAUUAUGCUCAUAUUUCAGGAAGUUUGUGGAGAAUUUUGCCAUUGUGGCUAAGCCAUUAACAGACUUAUUAAAGAAGAAUGUUCAAUUUGAGUUUAGUGAUGAGCAUAGGAAGAGUUUCAUCACAUUAAAGGAAGCGUUGGUAACAAAUCCAGUCUUAAAAAUCUUUGACCCAAGAAAAGAAACUGAAGUUCACACGGAUGCUUCAAGCAUUGCAUAUUCAGCAAUUUUAAUGCAAAGGGAUCCAGAAGAUGGACAAUUGCAUCCAGUACACUAUCUAAGCCGGAAGACCAGUGAUGCAGAAAGCAAAUAUAGCAGCUAUGAAUUGGAAGCAUUGGCUAUAGUUGAAGGAAUCAAAAAGUUUCGACAUUAUUUGUUUGGUAUACACUUUAAAGUUGUUACAGAUUGUAAGGCAUUUGAAAUGACAAUAAAGAAGAAAGACUUGGCAAUGUCCACCAGGGUGGCUAGAUGGAUAAUUUUAUUACAAGACUAUGAUUUCGAAGUGGUGCACCGUGAAGGCCAGAAAAUGCGCCAUGUCGACGCAUUGAGCAGGGUACCUUAUGUGGGAAUGAUAUUUUCUGAUCUUCAUGACAGCAUACUAUAUUCGCAAGAUAAUGAUGAAGGUUUAAAAGCCAUAAAAGAAAUUUUGAAGUCUCAGUCUUUUGAAGAUUAUUGUCUAGAUAAUGGACUACUGUAUAAAGGACAAGAAAAGAAGUUGGUAAUUCCGAAGAGUUUAGAAAGUGAGAUAAUUAAAAGAGCACAUGAAAAUGGUCACUUCGCAAAAACAAAAAUGAUGAGUCUCAUCAGUAAGGACUACCACAUUUCUAAUUUAGAGAAGAAA